UUCCGCUCACGUGGUUUCCGGCAGGGCACUCUAGUUGGCCGCGCACCUCGAUGCUCCCCAGGUGCUGCGGCCGCAGUCUGCACCGGCGCUGAUGGAGCAUGCGCAGAAGCCGAGCGUGCCCUAGCAACCGCCUGGGUGACAGUAGCAACCGGAAUGGCAAAAGCAACAACUAUCAAGGAAGCUCUAGCCAGAUGGGAAGAAAAAAAUAGUUUAAAGGCAUCAGAGGCCAAGGAAGUGAAACUGUAUGCCCAGGUUCCUCCUGUAGAGAAGAUGGAUGCAUCUUUGUCCACACUUGUUAAUUGCGAGAAAUUGUCUUUGUCUACAAACUGCAUUGAAAAAAUCGCCAACUUGAACGGCCUAAAAAACUUGAGGAUCCUGUCACUGGGGAGAAAUAACAUAAAGAAUCUAAAUGGAUUGGAAGCAGUUGGGGAUACAUUAGAGGAGCUGUGGAUCUCAUAUAACUUUAUUGAGAAGCUGAAAGGGAUCCAUGUCAUGAAGAAGUUGAAGAUUCUAUACAUGUCCAAUAAUUUGGUGAAAGAUUGGGCAGAGUUUGUGAGACUGGCAGACUUGCCAUUACUGGAAGAUCUGGUGUUUGUUGGCAAUCCACUAGAAGAGAAGUACUCCGCUGACCAGCAGAGCAACUGGGUUGAGGAAGCCACUAAGCGAGUGCCUAGGCUGAAAAAACUAGAUGGUAUCCCAGUUAUUAAACAAGAAGAAGGUGAAGAAGGAGAGAACUAACACAACUAUUUCUUGUUUGGCAUUAAAUUAUUUAAGAAGCUCUGGAACAAUUCAGUAUACAAAGCUUUUGUAUAAACGUUUGUUUUGAAAAUGUUCAGGCAACAUUUUAAAAUUAGCUCAUGUCCACACUCUUGUCUCACCCAAAGAGUUACUUACCAAAACCAGGGGAUGCCACCUUUUGUGCAUUUUGUUCCCUGGUUUAGGAAUUAUUGAAUUGAGGUUGCCUGCUGUUUGAUUAAUUAGAGGCCUUUACCUAAACGACAGAUACAAUUUUUUAUCCCUGAAUAGUGCUGCUUGUAGAUCAGUCUUGGGUAACAGUAAAACAAUUUUGCUUGUCAACUUUGUCCAGCUGACAUUAACAUUUAAAACACAAAGGCCAAAACAGCAGUGUUUUGUGUAAAACCUCUUUAUACGCUAUGCUCUCACAAGGAUUGGAACACUUUAAAUAUAUGUGAGGCUGCCUUUUCUGCUCCUUCAACUAUUAUGCCAAUUAUCUGUAGCCAAACAGACCUAAUAUUUGUCAUGGGCUUAUGCCUUAAAAAGGUGUUGCUAACAACCUUGUGCCAUCAGUCAUGGGCCCAUAAUUGGCUGUUCCAAGAUACGUUAGCCUCUCAACAUCAUAACCCAGAAGGCUGCAAAUAUUUUUAUAUAUUUAUUUAUUUUAAAUGAAGAAAUGGAAAUUCUUUACAUGGCUUCCAGCGGAGUUAAAUUACCUAUUGUUUUUUCUUUACAUUAAAUAAAAAGUAGAUGCUUUAGGAUUGAAUCCAUAGACAUACUAGCCCUAAGUGGCUUGUGAUAUUAGCCAGAACAUGCCUUUUUCGCAGGCUAAUGGAUGCAGUCCUUCACAGCUCUAGAAUCUUGCAGUAAAUUAAGGAGGUUGACACCUUGCCAGAAACAAACAAACAGAAGACUGGGGCUUGAGAAUACCUUUCAUAAGCUUUGAUUUGAGGAUACUCACGUUUCAAAAGCACAGAUAUAGGCAGCGGAAUUAAACGUGCAUGUAGCUGGUAGAGGAGAAGAAAGGAGUUUGGAAAUAGGAACAGGAAAGUAAAUAUUUAUGGGAAGCAAUAUGUCCCCCUGACAUAGGGGUUCAUUUUAGGUGAAACCCGCCGAUUGUUAUAAAAUUCUUUUCAAUGAAAAGUGUGAAGUAGCGAUUAGAAAAAGCACUUAAAUAUACUGUAUGGGUCAUUGCAGAUUUCUCCCUUCUUAAGAAUCGGUAAAAUGUCAUACAGGUUUUUCCAACUCAGGUUUUUUAACUUCUAGGGGGGGUUUUUUCGAUUCCUGAUGCUCUUUUGGUUUAAUUUUAAAUUAUAAUGGUAACAACAAGCACAUUGCUCAAUCAGGAACAAACCGUGAGGGAAGAAAGCAAGCACAUCCCCACUCUUACUUUGCCUCGUACUUCUGAAGUUGUGGCAGUGGCUAAGUUUUUGAACACAAGGGCAAAGAUGAGAACCAUGAUGCAGUUGGCCCCAGACAAGUAUUAUGCAGCUUCUGGUUUUACAAAUAGCAUCCUUAAUUUCCCUAAGUCUAAUUUUGGUAGAAAAGAAUCCCAACUUUGAUAAUCAAUCUGCAAAUGAACAGUGUGAAGUUAAAGACUAAAAGCAGCACUCAGUGUUAAUUAACUUUGUUUAUAGUUACUCUGCACCUUUCUACAGGAAGUUAUGACUUUCUUGCUGAUAAAGUGUCCAUGGCAGGUAAGAGUCAAAUAUAAUUUCUGUUGUUCCUUUUUGACAAACAGUUGCAGAGCACUUUCUGCUUUUGAUAUAUUUCACCCAGGCAGUCGCUGUUGACCUGGAUGCAUUCUGCUUCUCCUCUCUCUCUAGUGUCUGCUAUUCCAGGGGCCUGGCUGGCUGUCUGGUACUCAGCUUGCUGUUUGAAAGUACUUUUCUAGGAAUAGUCUCCUGGCUUUAUUGAGAUUCCGUUGAUUAUAGAAAGUGUGAUUGGUCAUGGUGGGAGCUAUACAGAUAGGUGGUCACCAGGCUCAUCACUUCAACACUGGAGCACCAGAUUUGUUUGCUUAGUUAGCAAAGGAUAGUGAACGGUAUUAUGGAUGUUUGAAGCCCCCAUUGCACUUGAUUGGAUGUCUUCUUCACUAGGGAAGUGGGCUAGGCUUGUGCCUUUUGAAUGCUGUAUGGAAAAUGCCAGUGUGUAGUGCAAGCAAAAGCCUGAGUGGAACCAGAACUUCACUUCUGAAUGCUUGUAAAUGGAGGAAUUGCCAAGUAGGUACAAUCCCUCCUCCUGUAGUUUACAGACCACUAUUGAGUGUGGGGGAGAAUUACCAAACUCGUCUUCUAAGGGCAGCAAGGAUGAACUAUUUACAAAAUUGGUCUACUCCUUAUUUACUAAUGAGAGAGGUUGUUAACUACAUUAGUCUUAAGUCAAGCAGAAGGCAGGUCAGGGUGGGCAACUGCAAAACCAGAAAUCAUCUGCAGCCUAGAUUGUGUUAAGCACGGUCUCAGCAGAGACUCUGGAGUCUUAUCCCAUUAUCUGGACUAGGUUUUGUGACUGUUACACUCAUCUGUGGGUUAACUGCUUCAUUUUAUUUUGAUCUCUUCAAUCCACCUUUGCCUCCGUUGGCAAUAAACUUUCCCUAUCCUUUCCUCCCCCUUUCCCUACCCUUUAUGUUUAAAUGUCUUAUUCCUUUCUAUUUAGUUAGUACCCCUGUGUUCCCUAACAAAUCUAUUCGUAGCACCUGAUUAAGUAGGGUGCUGACUACAAAAGCCUUUCUGAACAAGUUAUUCUCCAAGGUGCCACCCUGGCCUGCCAUCUGCAUUAUUUUCUGAACUGGAUUCCCUAAGUCUUGGUAUGAAGGUUUUCCAAAGUUACACAUAUUGUGAUUCUCUGGGCAUGUGGGAUACCUGCUAUAUCAGUUAGUUACAGUAGGGCCAGUGGUAACUGUAGCUUAUGCAAUUACUUCAGAGUACUGCCCACAGCUUUCAUCUUGGAUAGCUCCUGGGCGCACAGCAGAUGCUCACUUUUGCUAGUUGUACUUUUAGUGAAAAAAUGCCCCAUAUCACCACCAUACAUACAGCGAUCUUUGACACAUCACAUGCUUGUGUCAUGCUGGAGUCCUGUUUUAUCUCCUCUACACCCCAUUGGAGAGCAUGUAUAAAGUGGGAAGGAGCGUGUUAAGCAAAGGAAAACAGCAACUCCAGAUAGUUGAAAAUAGCUCUAAUACACCCUUUAGAGAGGAAUAUGCAAUAGUGUUACCGUAGAAUAUGGCCAGUCAGAAUAGUGGGCACAAAAUAGUUUAUGUAGUCUGCUAUUGCUGCUUUGUCAUUUUAGUUAAAAAUUCACUGGUUAUAUUAAAUCAUAGCUAAUUAACUCUUCAUUAGAUUAAAUGAGACAGCAGAGUGGGUGUAAGAGAGACCUUUCAAUGCUGCAGCCUAUUUUGCAUGUGGUAUGCAAAUAUACGAGUAGCUACAGAUGCGGUAGCUCUUCUGUUCUGACUGAAGUGAGAAAUUUUGAGGAGAAUAUUGUGAGAGUCAAGGAUUCUUUUGGGUGAUUUUUUUUUUAAUUGAACUCCAUGGUUGGGAUAAAGCUUGACAAGCUUUCAAAUGCUCGGCAUUCUUCAUCAUGUCACUAACACCAUGAGAACAGAAUAGGAAGUGGGAAUUAGUGCCUAAUACUGCUGUACUGAGAGACAGAGUAGGGUAAGCUUUAUAGAACAAAGUGGAAUUCAUGGCUCCUGUAUUGUUCUAUACAUUGAGUGCAUCUACAUGUGCAAUUAAUACAAUGCAAUAAACUCUGGAGCAGUUCA